AUGGCUUCCUGUCAGUGGCUGCAAAAGCUCUUCCAGCACAGGUGUGUAGAUGAGGACAACGUAAUCUACAUAGUCUACUCGGAUUUCAGCAAGGUUUUUGAUAAGAUCCAGCAUGGGAAAGUGAUACCUAAGCUGGGAAAGAAAUAUGGCAAUAUAUUCAGCAUGAAUCUGGGAGCAGAGUUUUUGCUGGUAUUGGAUGGUUACUCAAUCGUCAGAGAAGCACUGGUCCAUCAUGGGGAGGUUUUCUCUGCAAGACCCAUUUCACCAUUAUUCCUGCAACUCAAAGGCUCACAUGGGAUUAUAUUUUCCAACGGCAAUGAAUGGAGAGACCAACGUCACUUUGCUGUGUCACAUCUCAGAAAUUUGCUCCCUCAGGUGAAACCAUGGCUCAUAUCUGAGGCCCGAAGGCUGAAUGAACGAUUUGCGGAACAUCACGGUCAGCCCUUUGACCCCAGCUUGGAUAUCAGCUGGUCUGUCUACAGUGCAAUGUACCAAGUGUUGUUUGGUCAUCAUCUUGACCACAGUGAGCCAACCUUCAGGGAAUUCUUGCAGCAUUCCAUGAACAUAAUGGCAAUUCUGCCCUCUCUAAGUGUAAAGUUGUAUAACCUAUUGCCAAUGGUGAUGCAGUUCAUGCCAGGAGCACAUCAGAGGCUGUUUGCAGAAUGGCAUCAGCUGGUGGAGAUCCUCUUACAGCAAGUCAACCAUCAUCAAAUGAGUAGAAAUCCUGAGACUCCACGAGAUUUCACUGACUGUUACUUGAAUAAAAUGGAGAAGGUGAGUGGUGAUGAAAAUUCCACCUUCACUCUGGAAAACCUAGUUGCCUGCACCACUGAUCUGAUUAUAGGUGGCACCGAAACCAUUGUGUCAGUGUUGCGGUGGCUGUUGCUCUACAUGACAGUGUAUCCAUCCAUCCAAGAGAAAGUUCAUCAUGAGAUUGACAUUAUGAUUGGACAGCACAAGGAGCCAUCCUGGGUGGAUCGAGUAAAACUGCCAUACACAAACGCUGUGAUCCACGAAUGCUUGAGAGUUGGCAAUGUCAUCCCUUUGAACAUUCCAAGGCAGACAACCAAGGAUUUGCAGCUGAGAGGAUACAGGAUCCCAAAGGGCACAACAGUCAUCCCCUCUCUCACUGGUGUGUUGUUCGAUGGAAAACGUUGGAAAUCACCUAACAGUUUUAACCCUAACCGGUAUCUGGAUGAAAAUGGACAGUUCCACCAAGUAGAUGCACAUCUUCCAUUCUCGACAGGUCACCGUAUGUGCAUUGGAGUAAACCUGGCUCAGAUGGAGACCUUCUUAUUCUUCACGUUCCUUAUGCAACGGUUUCAGUUUACUGCUGCAGCAGGAGGCUACCCCUUCAAUCUUGCUGGUGUUUAUGGAGCUACACUUGCUCCCCACCCUUACCACAUAUGUGCCUGUCUUCGAAAAUAA